UGUGUCGUCUGUCUGUGUGAGAGUGAACAACCGUCAAAAUGGCUCAACAGGGAGAUCUUCUGGACCAGGACCAGUUCUGUUGUUCUGUCUGUCUGGACCUACUGAAGGAGCCGGUCACUACUGCCUGUGGACACAAUUACUGUCGAAUCUGUAUUGAGGGCUGCUGGGAUCAGGAUGUUCUGAAAGGGGUCUAUAGCUGUCCUCAGUGCAGAGAGACCUUCACUCCAAGGCCUAAUCUGAGGAAAAAUAACAUGUUGGCUGAUAUGGUUGAGAAACUGAAGAAGACAGGACUCCAGGCUGCUCCCCCUCCUGCUCUGUGCUAUGCUGGACCUGGAGAUGUGGCGUGUGAUUUCUGCACUGGGACCAGAAAGCAGAAAGCCCUCAUGUCCUGUCUGCCGUGUCUGGCCUCUUAUUGUGAGACUCACCUCCAACCUCACUAUGAAUUUCCUGCUUUGAAGAAGCACAAGCUGGUCAAAGCCACCGCACAACUACAGGAGAAGAUCUGCUCUCAUCAUGACAAACUGCUGGAGGUUUACUGUCGUACCGAUCAGCAGUGUAUCUGUUAUCUGUGUACAAUGGAUGAACAUAAAGGCCAUGAUACAGUGUCAGCUGCAGCAGAGAGGACUGAGAAACAGAGUCAGCUGGGGAUGAGUCAGCAGAAGGUCCAGCAGAGAUUCCAGGAGAGACAGAAGGAGCUGAAGGACCUCCAACAGGCUGUGGAGUCUCUCAAGCGCUCUGCACAGGCAGCAGUGGAGGACAGUGAUCAGAUCUUUACUGAGCUGAUCCGCUCCAUUGAGAGAAGGAGCUCUGAGGUGAAGGAGCUGAUCAGAGCCCAAGAGAAGGCUCAAGUGAGUCAAGCUGAAGGACUCCUGGAGCAACUGAAGCAGGAGAUAGCUGAGCUGAGGAAGAGAAGCACUGAGCUGGAGCAGCUCUCACACACAGAGGAUCACAUCCGAUUCCUCCAGAGUUAUCAGUCUCUCUCCAGUAUCAGUGUAUCUUCAGACUUACCCAGCAUCGUUGUCCGUCCUCUUCAGUACUUUGGAGAUGUGAGUAAGACUGUGUCUGAAGUGAGAGAGAAACUAGAAGACUUCCUUAAAGGAGAAUGGACCAAGAUCUCCACUACAGUGAAUAUAGUGGAUGUUGUACUGCCUCCAGAGCCCAAGACCAGAGAACAGUUGUUACAAUAUUCCUGUCAGCUCACACUGGACCCAAACACAGCAGGCACACACCUCUCUCUGUCUGAAGGGAACAGAAAAGUGACACGUACAGACCAAGUCCAACCAUAUCCUGACCAUCCAGACAGAUUCACCAAAACGUUGCAGGUUCUGUGUAGAGAGGGUCUGUCUGGACGCUGUUACUGGGAGGUGGAGUGGACUGGGUGGUAUGUUAUUACAGCAGUCUCAUAUAAAGACAUCAGCAGAACAGAGGAAGUAUCAUUGAUCAGCUUGUUGGUCCUAAUUGAUGUGUUCUCUGUCACCUGGAGCUGCAUGGAAAAUGGUCCAGGAACUAAAGGACAAUUCAGGACUAGUCAGCCCACUACAAGCUGGUAUCACUUACUUUCUACUAAACUAUAUGGACUGGUUUCCCAGACACAGAUUAAUCCUAGUCCUGGACUAAAAAGUAUGUUCAAUGUAGAUGUCCAGGAAACCGGCCCUAAAUGUGUCAUCUUUCAUCCUCCCAUACUGCUCAGUCCAGCAACAUUAAACCUGUCCAGCAGGUGGUGCUAUUGACCAAACAAUAAAAUCAGCAGAUAUCUUGACUUGCCACUCAGUAUAUCAGUAAUGUUCAGAAUAGUACUUUAAUAUCAUUGGAGAUUGAUGGUCUUUUUAAUCCACUAUCCAGAGUCAGGAACAGAUGAAGUUAGGUCUGCUACUGUUCAGUGAUUAAAUAUGAUUUAUGGUGAUGGGAAAUAAUAAAAAACACUAAACUUCA